AUGGAGAUCGUUGGAGAGAGAUUCCAAAAAUUGAGCCCGCCAGUAUUUGAGGAUGCUGCAGACCCAGUAGAGGCUGAAGAUUGGCUGAGAACAGUAGAAAACUUGUUCCAAUUUAGUAGAGUUUCCGGGGAAGAAAAAGUUUUAUGUGCCUCUUUCAUGUUACGCGGUAGUGCUGGACAUUGGUGGGACACAGUCAAGUGCAUCAAAGAUGUGACUACCAUGACUUGGGGCCGAUUCAAAGAACUUUUCAGAAGCAAAUAUUUUACAGCCCCCAUACGCGCACUGAACAUGAAUGAGUUUAUACAAUUGAAGCAGGGCAACAUGAUCGUCGCACACUAUAUCCACAAGUUCGAGCAACUCUCAAGGUUUGCCGAACAUAUAGUUAGCACAGACACCUUAAAGACAAAGAGAUUUCUUGAGGGUCUGAAACCAGAACUCUAUAGAGAUGUUUGCAUGGCUGACAUUCAGAGAUCAAAUUACUCACAAGUUGUCGAGCGAGCACUAAUUGCUGAACAAGCUGAACAAAAGAUAAGAAAAGCACAGGAGAUGAGACGUAAAACUUACGCAGAGCCAGAGGCCACGAUGGACUGGAAAUGA